AAUUGGGGGCUUGAGAGAUAUAGGCUGCAGUAAGCACCAGGGGUCUUUAAGGUACAAUCGUUGUGCCAGCCUUGUGGGUUUAGGGUAGAUUGUGGGGGAGCCGGUAAGCCAAAGGGUAUACAGGAGGCUUGGUUGCCUUUGUGUGUUUCGAGGGCAGCAAGAAGGAGGGAGAUAACACUGGAGACAACUUUUGGUCUCUAGGAUAGGGGGUGGCUUUGGUUAGGCUGUGAGGGGCAGCUGUUUUCAGAGGCUAAAGAAAAGGAGGUUGAAACCUGUAGGGUUGCUGAAGAGUUGGGGUGCCUGUGGAAGGAGGGGCUCAAAACUGGGGUUGCGGGAGAGGGACAGGAAAGGGAAAUAUCCGGAGGUUCAGGUGUUGAGAGUGGGUUGGCUUGAGGGUAUUUUGUGAGUGUGAGGCUCCCUCGUUGAACAGGCAGAGCAGAGGAAGUUGUGUGUGCAAGGGGGGAAGCGUGUUCCUUGCUGUUACUCUUAACCUCUGACUAUGCAAUUUUGAGACAUCCCUAAGGAAUUAGGCAGCAGGACAGGAAUUCCCUAGAAGUCUCUUUCCUGAAAGCACACCACUCAGACUUACAGAGCACCCCUUUCCCCCCAACAUCUUUCACCAUUAAGAGGAAAACAAUGGAGGAGUUGAGCGCUGAUGAGAUCCGUCGGAGGCGCCUUGCUCGGCUCGCUGGCGGGCCCUCGUCCCAGCCCACCACGCCGCUUACGUCUCCGCAGAGAGAGAAUCCGCCAGGACCACCAGUAGCAGCACCAUCCCCCGGAGCAUCCCACAGCCUUGGGUUAAAUGUUCACAGCAUGACCCCUGCUACCUCUCCAAUCGGCGCAUCAGGCGUAGCCCACCGAAGCCAGAGCAGCGAAGGAGUGAGUUCGCUCAGCAGUUCUCCAUCAAACAGCCUCGAAACCCAGUCUCAGUCCCUCUCCAGGUCGCAAAGCAUGGAUAUCGACAGCGUCUCCUGUGAGAAAAGUAUGUCCCAGGUGGACGUAGAUUCAGGAAUCGAAAACAUGGAAGUCGACGAGAGCGAUCGAAGGGAGAAAAGGAGUCUCACCGAUAAGGAGCCCCCAUCAGGGUCUGAGAUAUCCGAGGAGCAAGCCUUACAGUUAGUCUGCAAGAUCUUCAGGGUCUCGUGGAAGGAUCGCGACAGGGACGUCAUCUUCCUCACCUCGCUUUCUGAGCAGUUUAAACAGAACCCCAAAGAGGGUAAGGAGCCCAGCUGUUUUGCUUUCUUUUUAAGAAACCUGGUCCUGAACGCCGGCUCCAAUCCGGGGACGAGCCCCACGCUCUGCAACGUGGGGUCGUUUGGUUCCAGCUCCUUAUCGAGUCUCUACGGAACUAGCCCAGCUCCCGCACUCACCUCUUUGGCCGGCUCCUUCCUUGCCUCUUCUGCCAGCCUGGCUGCCCCUACGACCGCGCCUUCCCUUUCAGCCAGCCCUCAUGUCCCACAGGCAGGCCCACUCGGAGCCCCGCCUUCCUCCCCAAGGUACCGCCCAUACACUGUGGCCCACCCAUGGGCCUUCCCGGCUCCUCUCGCCUCACCCUCGGUGGCCGCCUCCGUUUUCUCUCGCUCUCCAACUCCUCCAGUCACAAGCACCAGUCCUCCGGCUGCUCGGGCUGCUUCUUCGUCCAGGAUUAGGCCUAUAACAAUGGCCUUGCCUCUGUUUACUGCUUCGCCUGGGCCACUCAGCAGGCGGCCGUCCCUCCUGAGCAGGACACCAUCUAGUCUGUACGACAGCCCUUUCCCCCUCUUCCUUGCCAUUUCUGAUAUGUCUGGAGACAGUUCCGAUGAAGAAGAUGAAGACGACGAGGAUGACUUUGCUUGUGUCCAGUUUGGGUCCAGUGGUGGAGGCUCUGGUGGGGCCAGCGUUUCUGACGCGUGCAGUGACCAUUUCACCAUUGAGACGUGCAAGGAGACGGAGAUGCUGAACUACCUCAUCGAAUGUUUCGACAGAGUGGGGAUAGAAGAGAGAAAAGCACCAAAGAUGUGUAGCCAGCCCGUGGUGAGCCAGUUGCUGAGCAACAUCCGAUCCCAGUGCAUUUCCCACGCUGCUUUGGUGCUCCAGGGAUCCUUAACACAACCGAGGUCGUUGCAGCAGCAGUCUUUGCUGGUCCCGUACAUGCUGUGUAGGAACCUCCCUUUCGGCUUCAUCCAGGAGCUAGUGAGAACUACCCAUCAGGAUGAAGAGGUGUUCAGGCAGAUAUUUAUCCCCAUUUUACAAGGCCUGGCUGUGGCUUCGAACGAGUGUUCCCUGGAUAGCGAUAAUUUUAAGUAUCCCCUUAUGGCAUUAGGUGAAUUAUGUGAAAUCAAGUUUGGGAAAUCGCAUCCCGUGUGCAGCUUGGUUGUGUCCCUGCCUUUAUGGCUACCGAAGUCUCUGAGCCCUGGGACGGGACGGGAGCUCCAAAGACUCUCUUACCUUGGGGCUUUCUUCAGUCUGUCUGUCUUUGCGGAAGAUGACCCGAGAGUAGUCGAGAAAUAUUUCUCCGGGCCCGCCAUCACCCUGGAAAACACCCGGGUGGUUAGCCAGUCUUUACAGCACUACUUGGAGUCUGCAAGGCAAGAGCUGUUCAAGACCCUCCACAGCGUUUUGCUCAACGGAGAGACCCGGGAGGCAGCUCUCAGCUACAUGGCAGCCAUGGUCAAUGCCAACAUGAAGAAAGCUCAGAUGCAGACGGAUGACCGCCUGGUGUCUACGGAUGGCUUCAUGCUCAACUUCCUGUGGGUGCUGCAGCAGCUCAGCACGAAGAUCAAGCUUGAGACGGUCGACCCCUCCUACAUCUUCCAUCCCCGGUGUCGUAUUGUCCUCCCAACCGACGAGACACGUGUGAAAGCAACCAUGGAAGAUGUCACCAGCUGGAUGGUGGAGCUGUCCAGGGAUCAGGCUCUCUUUUCUGAGCCGAAAUUCCCCACAGAGUGCUUCUUCCUGACCCUCCACGCCCACCAUCUCUCCAUCCUACCAAGCUGCCGGCGUUACAUCCGUAGACUGAGGGCCAUCCGGGAGCUUAACAGGACGGUGGAGGACCUGAAGAACAACGAGAGUCAAUGGAAGGAUUCCCCUCUGGCUACGAGGCAUCGAGAGAUGCUGAAACGCUGCAAAACACAACUCAAGAAACUAGUGCGGUGCAAAGCUUGUGCAGAUGCCGGCCUGCUGGAUGAGAAUUUCCUGAGGAGGUGCCUGAACUUCUACGGCAUGGUGAUCCAGCUCUUGCUGCGGAUCCUCGACCCUGCCUUUCCUGACAUAAAACUGCCUUUAAGCCUCGACGUCCCGAAAGUGUUUGCAGCGUUGCCUGAGUUUUAUGUGGAAGAUGUUGCAGAAUUUUUAUUUUUUAUUGUACAAUAUUCUCCUCAGGUACUUUACGAGCCCUGCACUCAGGACGUUGUGACUUUCCUCGUUGUGAUGCUCUGCAACCAGAACUACAUCCGAAACCCCUACCUGGUCGCCAAGCUGGUGGAGGUGAUGUUCAUGACGAACCCGGCCGUCCAGCCGCGGACGCAGAAAUUCUUUGAGAUGAUAGAGAACCAUCCCCUCUCCACCAAGUUGUUAGUCCCGUCGUUGAUGAAGUUUUAUACAGACGUUGAGCACACUGGAGCCACCAGUGAGUUCUAUGACAAGUUUACAAUCCGCUACCACAUCAGCACCAUCUUCAAAAGCCUCUGGCAGAACAUCGCUCACCACGGUACCUUCAUGGAAGAGUUCAACUCUGGGAAGCAGUUUGUCCGCUACAUCAAUAUGUUGAUCAAUGACACCACAUUCUUGUUGGACGAGAGUUUGGAGUCCCUAAAGCGUAUCCAUGAAGUGCAAGAGGAGAUGAGAAACAAAGAACAUUGGGACCUGCUGCCCAGGGACCAGCAACAGGCUCGGCAAUCUCAGCUUGCACAGGACGAGCGAGUGUCGCGCUCCUACUUGGCCCUGGCGACAGAAACCGUCGAUAUGUUCCAUAUCCUCACCAAGCAAGUUCAGAAGCCUUUCCUCAGACCUGAACUCGGACCACGAUUGGCUGCGAUGCUGAACUUCAACCUUCAGCAGCUGUGCGGCCCCAAGUGCCGUGACCUGAAAGUUGAAAACCCCGAGAAAUAUGGGUUCGAACCAAAGAAGCUUUUGGACCAACUGACGGACAUUUACCUGCAGUUAGACUGCGCUCGCUUUGCGAAAGCCAUUGCUGACGACCAGAGGUCCUACAGCAAGGAGCUGUUUGAAGAAGUGAUUUCAAAGAUGCGGAAGGCUGGAAUCAAAUCAACCAUAGCAAUAGAAAAAUUCAAGCUGCUGGCAGAAAAGGUGGAGGAAAUUGUGGCCAAGAACGCCCGAGCAGAGAUUGACUACAGCGAUGCUCCUGAUGAGUUCAGAG